AUGUUCGCGCUGGAGCAGUUCGAGCCGCAGCUGAGCAGCCGCGGCGGCGCGCAGGGCGAGCGCGGCUUCGGGCAGCCUGGACUGAGCAUGAGCACGCACUUCAAGGCGCCGGCCUUCCCCGGCGGCGGCGGCGGCGCGGCGGGCGCGGACGCGGCGCUGGGGGCGCUGGGCGAGCCGCCGCUGCUCGCCAUGAACAUGAGCGUGCCCGGCGAGGCGUACGGCUUCGCSGGCCGCGGCGCCGAGCUGCACGGCGCCGGCAUGCAGCCGCCCGCGCACGGCUUCUUCGGCGGGCAGCAGCACGGCGGCCCCGGCGGCGCCCACCACCCCCACCAGCACCACCCGCACUUCGGCGGCGGCUUCGGGCCCGACGGCGGCGCCUCUUGCGUGCACGGCGGCCGCCUCCUGGGCUAUGGCGGGCAGACGGCCUUCACCGACGGCUAUGAGCACAUGGCCGAGAGCCAGGGCGCCGAGGGCUUCGGGCAGCAGCGCCCCGACUUCCAGCACCACAGCGCGGGCGCCUCCAGCCACGCCGUGCCAGCGCCCUGCCUGCCCCUCGACCAGUCCCCCAACCGCGCCGCCUCCUUCCACGGGCUGCCCRCCGCUGGCACCACCGAGCCCCAUGGCCUGGAGCAGCGGCGGCUGCCUGCGCAGGCCGCUGUGGACCCUCUGGAAUACAAUUACCCUGGCGAGGGCCCUGCCGGGCACUUCGAGCUGCCUGUGUUCUCCCCGUCGGAGCCCGAGGGGCAGCAGCUGCCACACUAUGGCGGGGGUGGCGGCGGGCGGCAGGUGCCGGCGGGCGGCAACUUUGCGGGGGCGCCUGCCCUGCCGCGGCCGCCAGGUAUGGCCGUGGCCAAGGCGCACCCACCGCAGCAGCAUGGCGUCUUCUUCGAGCGCUUCGGGGGGGCGCGGAAGAUGCCCGCCGGGCUGGAGCCGGGUGGCAGCGCCAGGCACCCUCUGAUGCAGCAGCAGCCGCCGCCGCAGCCGGGCAUGCUGGCCAGACAGAGCUCCUGCCCGCCAGCCAUCCCUAGGCAACAGCCGGCCGAGGCCAACGCUCCCAACCCCAACCUGCAGGACAAUGGGCCCAUGAUGCAGAACCAGCACGCACAGUUUGAAUACCCCAUUCACCGGCUGGAGAACAGGAAUAUGCAUCCCUACACCGACCCCGUGUUUAAUAUGCAGCACCCUCCUCCGCAGCAGCCACCAAAUCAAAGACUGCAGCACUUCGAUGCCCCCUACGUGAGCGUCGCCAAAAGGCCGCGCUUCGACUUCCCCGGCAACCCCGGCGCGGAGCGCUGCGCCGCCUGGGCCGGCGGCAUGCACGGCCCCGCCAUGGAGAGCCACCUCUCCCCCACAGCCUACGCCGGCCUGCCGGGCGAGUUCACCCCACCGGCGCCCGAGGCCUUCGGGGCGCCGCUGCCACACGGCGGCCCUGAGCACCCGGCGCUGGCGCAGCGCCAGAAUGCAGCCCUGGUCAUGAAGCAGAUGGCGUCACGCAGCCAGCAGCGCCUGCGGCCGCCCAGCCUACAGCAGCUGGGCCACCACGGCGAGGUGGGGCCGCCCGGCGGGCUGCCCCCGCCUGCCUUCGAGCGCGGUGGCGACGGCGGCGGCACGCGCGGCUUCGAGCCGCCAGUGCCGCACCUGGCCCCCGAGAGCGCCUGGUUCACGGGGCCACCGCCGCCUGGCGAGCUGCUGCCGCGCCGCAUGGCGGCUGCAGGGCUGCCGGCCGAGGCUGCCCCRCAUGAGCUGGGCCUGCAGCCGGGUGCCGGCGGUGCCAUGCUCUUCCGGCCGGGCCCYGGGGCGCUGGGGCUGCCUGAGCCGCUGCGCAUGGCGGGCGAGGGUCCGGCACAGGCCCUGCCCUCGCCCGGCGUCCACCCGCCCUUCGCCCCGGCCAUGGGUGGCCUCUCGCAGCUGCAGUCGCCGGGCGGCAGCGUAGCCGAGCGCCGUGCCGCCAGCGACUUCGCCGCCCAGCCCGGCUUCGCCUUCGCGGCGGCCACGCGGCAGCCGGCGGCCCACGGCGCGGCACCCGCCCUCAGCGCCUCGCCGGGCGCCUACCCGCCACCGCCCGAGUUCCCGCCGCCCCCACCGGCGCCGCCACGGCCUGCUGCCAGUAAGCUGGGUGCCCUCUCGCUGGGCUCCUUCAGCAAGCCGGCYGCCAAGGACAACGUCUUCGGGCAGAGCUGCCUGGCCGCGCUCUCCACCGCCUGCCAGAACAUGAUCGCCAGCCUGGGCGCCCCCAACCUCAACGUCACCUUCAACAAGAAGAGCCCGGCUGAGGCCAAGCGCAAGCUCAGCCAGGCUGAGCCUGAUGCGCAGCCCACGGCCCCCGACUACUUCCCGCCAGGGCCGGUGGCGGGUGGGGGUGGCGGGGCCAAGGCCGCGGGCCCCGCACCRCUGCUGCCCGCCGAGAGCAGCCUGUCGCCCGGCUUCACGCUGGAGCCGGCGGGCGGUGGAGAGGGCAAGGCGGGUGGCGGGCGGGGGCGCGGGCGGCGGAAACGGGACAGUGGCCACGUCAGCCCUGGCACCUUCUUUGACAAGUUCUCAGCCGCCGAGGGCGGCGGUGCCGGAGUGAGCCCGGGGCCGGCGCCGCCGGGAGGGCCCCCGGGAGGGCUGCCGGGGGCGGCGGGCGCUGAGCGCGGYGGGGGCACCCCGCACGACAAGCCGCUGACCUCGCCGUCGUGGGGCAAGGGCGGUGAGCUGCUGCUGGCGGAGCAGCCCGACCUCAUGUCCUCGCUGGACAGCGGCAUUCAGAGCGUGACCAAGUCGGACGGCGGCUCCCCACAUGUGGACUUCACCGAGGAGGUCAGCACCAGCUAUGGAAACGAGGACGAGGUGUCGUCCAGCUCCGACAACRCCGUGUCCAAGCCCACGCGCAGCCCACUGCUGGGUGGCUCACCCAAGCUGCCCCGGGGGGAGCACGGCCUCCUCAACGGACAGAAGCCUCUGGCCCUGGGCCUCCUCAGCACGUCUACCUCGACCCCCGACAGCUACGGGCUCAGCAGCACGGCAGGCGCCCACCCUGGCACGCCGGGCAUGGAGCAGGUGCGGACCCCCACGAGCACCUCGGCCCAGGAUGAGAUCCAUCCGCUGGAGAUCCUGCAGGCGCAGAUCCAGCUCCAGCGGCAGCAGUUCAGCAUCUCGGAAGACCAGCCCCUGGGGCUGAAGAGCAAAAAGGGGGARUGCGCGGGGCAGAACGGGGACACUGACUUGGGCAGCUGCUGCUCGGAGGGCGUCAAGGGUGCCAUGAGCACCAUCGACCUGGACUCCCUGAUGGCAGAGCACAACUCCACCUGGUACCUUCCUGGCGAGAAGGCCCUGCUGGAGGGGCAGGACGAGGACAAGCCCAUGGCGCCCUGGGAGAAGCCCAAGCCCCCGAACCCGAGCAAAGAAGCCCAUGAACUGCCUCCGAGCAAGAGCUCCGCGCCGGCGCAGACUGGCAGCCACUUGCAAUGCCUCUCGGUUCACUGCACGGACGACAUGGGCGAGGCGAAGGGCCGGACUGCAGUGCCGACGUGGAGAUCCCUGCACUCAGACAUCUCCAACAGAUUUGGGACUUUCGUGGCUGCCCUGACUUGAACAAAAGAAAUUAUUUUUUUCCUCUUUUUAAUUUCACAGGGCCGCUACUGCUAGGUGGACUAUUUUUCUAGGUUGGUACCUGCUUAGUGGCACAUGGACUGGAAAGGGUUAAUUUAAAGUAAACCUCAACUUUUUUUUAAUCUUCUGCCACAGUAUGUUACCAGUGUUAACCCUUCUGCAGUUAGCACACUUUUGCUUAAGAUUUUUCCUGCUAGACCACUUUUCCCAUUUUCUGUAAUCUUGGCAUACAUUUAUAGAUGAGGCCUUUCCUUUGUCAUCUCAGCGUAUGUCCAAGCCACGUAUGUCAUGAUAAGACAAAGAUGCUACUUCUCCUUCUCCUUUUCUUUCUUUUCUUUUACGUUUUUUUUUUUCUCUUCUUUUUUGCUUUGUUCAGUGCUUUUGCAAUGGUGUCCUGAAGAACAGCAGUUCAGGAAUAAACACCGGUUAAAGUGGAAUUGUCAUCAUUAUAUUAUAUAUUGACACCAGCUUCUGCCAGCCACACGAGCCAAACAACUAAAGCUGUGUUCAGUCUUCAGGCGAUGAGUCUGUUCUUUCUUGGAAAGAUUAUUUUUUGUCAGUAAUAGCACAUUUAAUCACCUCCCUCCCUCAUUUACUUUCUCCAUCCCUCCCUCUUUAGGCGAAGCUGGGGUUUGGUUUAUUUGUUGUUGUGAAGCCCAGAUACAGAGGUCUGUUGCAGACAGCGGGUCUAGUCCUGAUGCAGCCCUGAGUUUGUGGGGAUUUUGUUCACAGUAAGUCUAACAGACAGUUUACUUAGUGAUCAAUAGUUCUCUCUUCUCCAGCAGAUGCCCAGAUGAGCAGGGCUGCUUCCCCUGCCUCCCGCGGCCGCCCGGAGCACCGCGCAGCCCUGCGGUCCGGCUGCUCUCCCCGGAGUGGUCCCUGUUCAGAGCUGUGCAGAGAACAGAACCUCCCCAGGUGCCCGGGGUUGCUCUCAGUCUCCGGGUUGAGGCUGCAGGGCCAGCGCAUCCCCGUGUCCUGAUGCCAACCCUUGUCCCAGCCCUUCUCCGGGACGGUCCCGUACCCUGGGCUCAGAGCUUGCUCUGGGCUGGGAUGCCCUGCGUUGGAUGCCCUGAGCUCAGCCUGGCCCCAGUUUUGCCGUGCAUGUGAAGGACAGUAUUAUUAGAUGCACACAAUAAAAGGGAAACCAUGCUUUCCUGCUCUCGAUAGAUAAUUCUCAUUUGAGAAGUACGUUGGAAGCAAACCAGCUCAAAAGAAAAAUGACACGAUCUGACACUCCUGCGGUUUUACAUAACUCUGUCUAUUAUUUGUGUAUCCUCUGUUUACAGGGAGAGUGAACGGUCCCACCCUUGGUCAGGCCAGCCUGGUUUCCUCUGCUCCCGGGGGCUUAACAGCUUCAUUGGAAAUGGAGGUUUUAGCUGUGAAAUAAAGGUCGGAAUCUCUAGUGUUAUUUAUUGGGGUUUUUUGUUUGUUUUGUUUUGUUUUUCCAUGGAGUCCCAGAAUGUGCCCCUUCUCAAGGGACAGGCUGACGGCUGCUUUGUAUUUGUCUCAGAUGGUCAUGCUGGGCCUUAGUUAAUUUGAAGUCGUGUCUCGGUAGACAGCGGGGAGAGAGAAUUCCACCCAAAAUGUGAGCGACCCAGGAGCUUCCAUUGCAGUCACGUGUUGUUCAGAAAGAUCCUUGCUCUUUAGGACAGCACUCUUCUCUGUUAGGUGAAUGUGCUCUCAUGAGCCGUGCAAGAGAGUUUUCCUGUUGUGGUUCCGGUCAGUGGCUUUAUUUUGGGUAGAUUUGGGGGACUGAAUUUUGAUUUUUGGUACUAUUUUGGUUUUUAUUGGAGCUGCCACUAGAAUGAGUUGUUGUGCAUCCUGAAGCGAUUGACUCUGGAGCUGUCUCCUACCUGCUUAGUUUGGAACAAAAAGAGGUGAUAUUUUGUACCUUUUAUAGGUGCUUGUGCUACUGAAAAGUCCGGUGCUCUUCCCUGUGCCUGCAAUAAAAUAYCCUGAGUAAAAUAUUUCCUCAGAGAGUAAUAAGUAGCAUUCCGGAUGCUGGCAUAUGCCUCUCUAGCUAUGAGUUCUUAAGUCCCAGUUCUGCUAAAUAGGUGUUGAGCUUUGCACCCUGUCUAGCAGA